AUGCCACCCAUCACCUUCUCAGAUUCCGAUUUCCAGGGCACCAGCCCCAACCAAGACGACCCCAUGGUCAUAACUGUGGAAGUCGAGAACUUCGUAGUAAAGAAGGUUCUCAUCGAUCAGGGGAGCUCCGUAGAUAUCUUAUAUUGGAAAACAUUCAACAAGAUGCAAAUACCCCUCGCUGACCUAACCCCUCACAAUGAGCCCAUAUACGGAUUCUCAGGUGAGAGAGUCCCCACCAUUCCCAUUCGUUACUUGGUCGUCGACGCCCACACGUACUACAACAUCCUCCUUGGCCGCCCAUCCAUCAACGCGCUGGGUGCCAUCGUAUCCACCCCGCACCUUGCAAUGAAGUUUCCGUCCCCGGAAGGCGACAUCAUCACAGUACAUGGCGACCAACGCGCAGCCAGAGAAUGCUACAUGGCAAGCCUGAAACUACCACACCCACCUCUGACAACCCACAACAUUGAACAAUCCCAAGCCCACACCACCCUGGCCGGCGAUGACUUAGACCCCAGAAUAAACUCCGAAGCACGCCUCGAACCCGUGGGGGAAACAAGGCAACUCCCACUCGAGCAACAAGGCCACUUCCUCCAGGUUAGAACUUCCCUUCCUGGGGGAGAGGAGCGCCACAUCGAGCAAGUGCUCAAGCAGAACGCCGACCUCUUCGCUUGGUCGGCAGCCGAUCUCCCCGGUGUUCACCCCAAGAUCGUCGCCCACCGGCUAUUUGUCUUCCCAAACGCGAAACCCGUCUCCCAAAAAAAGAGGAAGCUUGGAGAAAGUAGAAGGCAAGCAGCUAUAGCAGAGGCCGAUAAACUAAAACAGGCCAGUUUUGUCGGUGAAGCCCAAUACACGACCUGGCUCGCCAAUGUGGUGCUAGUCAAGAAACCCAAAGGGAAAUGGCGCAUGUGUGUAGAUUACACGGACCUGAACAAGGCCUGCCCACGGGAUGCCUACCCAUUACCCAACAUAGACAGGAUCGUCGAUGGGGCCGCGGGACAUGCCAUAUUAAGUUUCUUAGACGCUUACUCCGGCUACAACCAGAUACCCAUGGCUGAGGAAGACAAAAUCAAAACCGCAUUCAUAACCGAGGAGGCCAACCUUUACUACAGAGUCAUGCCCUUUGGCCUCAAAAACGCCGGCGCUACAUACCAACGCUUGAUGGAUAGGGUCUUCCAGCCACUCUUGGGCAGGUCGGUAGAGGUCUACGUCGACGACAUCAUCGUCAAGUCCCCCAACGCGCAACAGCACUCCGCGGACCUAACACAAGUCUUCAAAGCCCUGCGCACAUACAACAUCAGACUCAACCCUGAAAAAUGCACAUUCGGAGUAGAUGGCAGGAAAUUUCUAGGCUUCAUGCUCACGCAGCAAGGGAUCGAGCCCAACCCUGAAAAAUGUCAAACCAUCAUCGACAUGAGAAGCCCCGCGAAUAUCAAAGAGGUACAUCUACUAGUGGGCAGACUAACCGCCAUCUCGCGCUUCCUCCCGAAGUUGGCGGACAAAACCAAACCAAUGAUCCAACUCCUGAAAAUGUCGACCAAGUUCACUUGGGAGGACACCUGCGAACAAAAUUUCAACACUUUGAAGCAACUCCUCACCACUCCCCCGGUCCUGACCAAACCAGACCUUUCCCUCCCCCUUAUAGUGUACAUAGCCGCAUCAACAAACGCCGUCAGCUCCGCACUCGUCCAAGAAAGGGACAACACCCAACAACCAAUAUACUUUACAAGCCGCAUCCUCCAAGACCCAGAAACACGAUACCAAAUGGUGGAAAAGGUAGCCCUUGCAAUCAUCACAGCAGCACGUCGUCUGCGACCAUACUUCCAAAUUUACUAUGCGCUACGAGCCGCAUGGACCCAUCCGAGCACAGUGCCUAGCAGACUUUGCCAACGACCUUCAAGAGCACGCCCCCAUGACACCUGGUGGACCAUGCACGUAGACGGCUCCUCAAACCCGCUGGGAGCCGGCUCCAGAAUAGUACUAGAAGGACCCGACAACGUCCUCAUAGAACAAUCCCUGCGUUUCACCUUCAAAACAUCCAACAAUCAAGUUGAGUACGAGGCCAUUAUCGUCGGCCUUAACUUAGGGCGAGACGUCGGCGCGCAUAAACUCCUGUGCAAGACAGACUCAAAGCUCACCGUAGGCCAUCUCAAUGGUGACUACCAAAUCAAAGACCCCACCCUCACGCAAUACUACCACAUGGUAGUACCCCUAACCGAGCACUUCGACACUUUCCAGAUUCAACACGUCCCACGAAGCGACAACACCCGAGCAGACAUUCUCUCGAAGCUCGCUAGCACCAAAAAGAAAGGCCGUUACAAGUCACUCCUCCAACACACCCUAGCCACACCCUCCAUUGAGCAACAAAACCAAUGCUUAAACAUCACUACCACCAACACCUGGAUGGAACCUUUCAUCAAAUACUUAGAAGCAGGAGUCACCCCGCCAAACGAGGAAAGAGGAUGGAUCCGGAAAGCGGCAUGA